CACCAGCGGCUGCUACAUACGCUGCAAGUCAGCCGAGCACUCGCUACCGCUUUGCAACAAAGCAAUUGCACGUUUCAAGAUGGAGGCGCUGCUGUCGCUGUCCUUUGACAACAUUGCGUCAAAGGAUACAGCCAAGAUUCGCAAAGGCCUGCGCCAGAUCGAGGGCAUGCUAGCACACAUCUGCCUCGACGGCAGCAAGACAAAGCCCGCCACACCUGGACAUCGACGAAACCAAUCUGCAGUUAAUGUGGGCGAGCAGCAAGAUACACCCAAGAAGCUAGGAGAGCUGUCUGAAGACCCUGCAUUUCGAGAGUUCUUCCGGUUGCAAGAUGGGUUCGAGUGGAAUGUUACUACACGCGUCGCAGACUGCCUCGAGAGGCUACUCGGCAUGGGCAGCAACGGCCAGAACGACAUGCUCAUCCUCGCGGCGCUAUCGAACCUCCAAGGCCUACUUCUCCUGCAUCCACCGUCGCGCAUCCUUUUCGGUCGCGAAGUCUACAUGAACCUCCUCCUCGACCUUCUCGACCCGUACAAUUGCCCAGCCAUUCAGUCGCAAGCGAUCCUCGUCCUCGUCACAGCGCUGCUCGCCACACCACAGAACACCCGAAUCUUCGAGCAGAUGGAUGGUCUGCUUACUAUCACAAGUCUGCAAAGCGACGAGGAGACAACACAAAGCGUCAAGGUCAAGGUGCUAGAGUUCCUGUACUUCUAUCUUCUGCCUGAGGCACCUCCACUAUCAAGAAAGCUCGCCAGCGCAUUUGAGAGGCGAGGGAGCACAGACAGCUCAAAGAGCGUCACAAACAAGAACACCAGGUCGCAAGAAGAAAAGCAGCGCAUGCUCGGCAAAUACAUCGCCAAUGUCGACUGCUUAUUUGAGGAUAUGCAGGACGAUGACCCAUUCGCCAGCGUGAGGGUAUGAUCGUCUCGCAAAGCAGCCCAUCGGUCGCCAUUUCAUUUGUAUAUCUAUUUGCUUUUAUACUUCUUGUUACUAUUUGUCGGCCCACUGCCGCGGUCUCAUACUUUCUUUGGGUCCAGCAAGCGAGGCGUUGGAGGGGUGUUCAGCAAAAACAGACUGAGCGUUACACAUCUCCUGGCACUUGAGUGCAUUGUUAAUUUGGGCGGAAGCGUUUCCAUGGCAUCAGCAUACUCGGCGGGCGCACAUUCACAAGUUGAAUUUCUUUAGUAAUAUAGCAUAC